GAGAAAAGGUGGAUGGAGGCGGCGAACUGAACUUGGACGUGGCUUUUGUGAAGUUUAAAGUCCGCUGAGAUUGAGACGCCAUGGAAGAGGGGUCUAUUGAAUGGAAGUGAUUGAGCAUACUGUAUAUGCGGGACAGCUAGCCGAUAACGUGCUUGUGGUCCCGGCUCCUUCUGGUUUCGACUGGAUGGAUGACCCGCUCGACUGGGAAUAAACGGAAACCAACAUGUACGCUGGACGCAAGAGAAGAAAACCGGUCCCGAAAGGAGCCAAAGUGAGUCCGGCUGAAGGGGCGAAGUCCAAUCCAUCCAAACGUCACCGUGAUCGUCUGAACUUGGAGCUGGACAGACUGGCCAGGUUGCUUCCCUUCCCUGAGGAUGUCAUCUCCAGCCUGGACAAACUGUCCAUCCUGAGGCUCAGUGUCAGCUACCUCCGCACCAAGAGCUUCUUCUCAGCUCCUUCUACAGUGGCAUUAAAAAGAUGUCCAUCCAACGGUGUGAGUAAGAGUCCUGACCGCCAUGACGAUAAGGUGCCGGAACAGACAACAUGCUGCAUGCCUGAGGGGGAACUCCUGCUUCAGGCUUUGAGUGGCUUUGUCCUGGUGAUCACAUCUGAGGGAAUAAUCUUUUACUGCUCUCAAACCAUCCAGGAUUACCUCGGUUUCCAUCAGACGGAUGUGAUGCAUCAGAGUGUGUUUGAGCUGAUCCACACAGAAGACCAGCAAGAGUUCAGAAGGAACCUGCACUGGUCGCUCAACCCUCCCAGCGCUGAAUCCCCUUUAGAUGCUGUAGCAGCUGAUGGCGAGCCAACUUCCUCCUUCUUGGUGAGCUACAACCCUGACGAGCUUCCACCCGGAAACUCAUCCUUCUUGGAGAGAAGCUUUGUCUGCCGCUUCCGCUGCCUACUGGACAAUUCCACCGGCUUCAUGGCAUUGAGCAUUCAGGGUCGGCUGAAAUUUCUUCAUGGACAGAGCCACCUGCAGUACGGCAAUGAGCGCACCCCACUUCAGCUGGCUCUGUUCGCCAUUGCUACUCCCCUGCAGCCCCCCGCCAUCUUGGAAAUCCGAACAAAGAACAUGAUCUUCCGGACCAAGCACAAGCUUGACUUCACUCCCAUGGCCUGUGACGCAAAGGGGAAAAUUGUGCUUGGUUACACUGAGGCAGAGCUGCGUGUUCGAGGUUCGGGUUACCAGUUCAUCCAUGCUGCUGACAUGCUGUACUGUGCUGAAAAUCACGUCAGAAUGAUAAAGACUGGAGAGAGCGGCCUCACCGUAUUCCGGUUACUCACCAAGGACAACAGGUGGAAGUGGGUCCAAGCCAACGCCCGCCUUGUCUACAAGAAUGGCAAACCGGACUACAUCAUCGCUACACAGAGGCCCCUGGUUGAAGAGGAAGGAGGAGAACAUCUGAGGAAACGCUCCAUGCACCUUCCUUUCACCUUUGCUACAGGAGAGGCGCUUCUUUACCAGAUCGGUUACCCACUCUAUGGCUUUCCAGAGCCUGUCCAGGGCAAAGCCAAAGCCUGCAAGUCCAAAAAGGGGAAAAUGGACAAGACGUGCUCAGAGGAUCUACACCCAAAGUCCUUGCUGGAAGUGAUGAUGAGCCAAGAUGAGUCUGUUUACUGCCAGCCUGAUUUGGAGGCUCACAAGUCCUACCAAUGCAGUACUUUCAAUGAACAGCAAAGUGAGACUGCUGAAUGUGGUGGCAUCUUGCAGAUGCUUGCUAAUGGAGAGACGGUGAAAUCCAAUGGCAAAACAUCCACGUGUGAGCCACUGCUAGCAACCCUAGACUCUCUGUCUCUAGAUGGAGAGGAGACCUGCUCCAACAGUGAACUCUUUAGUGCUUUGGAGAACCUGGGCCUGAAUGCUGAAGACUUGGAACUUUUGCUAUUGGAUGAGAGAAGUAUCCAGGUUGAGGUGGAUCCCAGCCAUGUCUCGCCAGUCAACAAUGAAAUCCUUUCCUACAUUCAUGCCUCAAUGGAGAUGGAGAAUGGUGAACACAGCAAUAUAGGUCGAUUUGGCGCAUCGACCCUUCCACCAAAUGCCUCCCAAAGUGCUACACAAGAGGUGCAGGCACACUUUGUGCCAGCUACCCCUGCUACUCCGUCUAUCUGCGGACAGAGCGUCAUAACGCGGCCCCAGCAUAUGCAGCAGCUGCCAGGUGAGGGCGGGCUUCAGUUUCCAUCUGGAAGUGUAGAUGUCCCCGUCCUCUCUGGGAUUCCAGACAGCCACUGGGUGGUCCUGCCUGAGAAAGCCCAUCAUCAUGACAACAAUGUCAACCAUUCUCUUGUCAGGACAUUACCGUUAAACGGGGAGCGCAAAGACAUGAUCUCACCUCUGGAGUCAAGUCAGCAGUUGCAGCUAGAGCAGCACCCAGCCCACCAGCAGCCAUGUCCACAGGGAAACAACCGGUCUUUGCUACAUGCCGUCCAGACCCAGGACAGAACCUUUAGCCCCAAUAAACACACUUUCCUUUUGCCUGAUGCGCUUGUUGACGCUGCAGAUUGCACCCUCUCCAACGUAUCACUUGCAAGCAGAUCAGCAUUGAAUGGCACCAGCGUUUGUCACUACCAGAGCUUAGUGGACUUUGUGCAGCCAUACACACUGCAGGGCCAGGACCUACACAGGCAACAAAGUCCUGCUUUGCCCCCAGACUUGUCCCAGGGUUCCCCACAGAGCUCUGCGCUGGAGAUGGAGCAGUUGGUGGCGCUGGCACAACCUUCAGUCGAGGCCUAUAGUCUGUUUAGCGCCACCACACAGGAUACUCGCAGCCAGAUGGAGAAUGGUUGCCUCCUCAGUGUUGCCAACGCCACGUACAUUAGAACCUGUCUCAUGUCCAACGGUAACAGAGAGGUGGCGGGCGACGUAACAGUCUCACGCCCUGAUGGACUCGUGGACACCCAGAAGUCAGGAUUUAUCCUCUAACAAGGAGGUAUGACAAAUUUGAAAGAUUUUACACAAAGCAUUUUCCAUGUCACUCAUUAACUUGUUUAUUUUUUUAUAUUUAUUUAAUAGGCUGUGUCUCAAUUUGUGCACUUCUGUACUUACUCUUAUAGUCGCUGUUUGGGCUAUGUAGCGGAAAGGGAGGGGCUAACUCAAGUGAUUGCAAUUCAGCAUUAAAAAGGAGUGAAGAAGAAGCGGAUAAGUGCGCAAAGACAGUACAGCAGAACCUUGGUUUGCAUCAUUAAUUCAUUCCAGAAGGUCCAACUCCCACUGAAUCGGACGCUAACCAAAUCAAUUUUUCCCAGAAUAAAUGUAAAUCCAAUUAAUCUGUUCCAGAAAGCCAAAAAUGUUAACACAAUCAUGUGUUUGUCGUUUUAAAGUUAUAGUUUUACAUGCAGAAGCCAAUUCAAAAUGCAUAUAAAUACCGAUAAAUGAUGAAUGGAAGGGAUGAAUGAACAUUUAAGGUUACUUUUACCUUCACUGAAGACGUGAUUGUUGACGUGCCUGAAAACAAGAAGGUGGUGGUGGUUGAUCUCACUGCUACAUCGGAAACAGUCAUGUAUUAAUAACAUGACAAGGCGAGCGCCAUAUUGUAUGAUAACCGGAGCAGAAUCUAAUCUAAUACUUACAACUGUCAUUUUUGUUGCAAAUGUUAAUCUGAAAUCGGAGAAGCCAGAAGCCAGCUAGCAGUAGGAUUUGGAGGGGAAGCAAGCCAUGUGUCAAAAAUAGACAUUAUUAUCGGAGUCUCAAUUAUUCGCUGAUUUUUGCCAUUCGCUGUCCCGGAUGUGUCUCAUAUGCACAGGGGACACAUACCUACUGAAGUGCACUGUAUUCGAUGGUGUCUCAAUUUGUGCACUUCCGUACUUAUAUUUAGUCUUCUGAGUGUAUAAGUGUGUUGACACUGUCGCAGUGGUGCUUAGUUGCGAAGAGAAGAGGUGGGUAAAUAUCGCGAUCGUCAUUUCUGGUAAGUUCACAAUGAGAGUCAUCGAUUUGGGACUGCAUUAUGCUGUGGAAAUUUGUGCCCUCAGCAUGUUUGCUGAUAUUCUUCGAGUCACAUUUGCUGAUAUUCUUUUGGCGUGGUUGCAUAAUAAAGCAAACAGAGCUCUGGUAACGGAAUUGGAUUGGAUUGGAAGUGGAAAAAAAAAUGUGGCCCGGCGCAUUCCUACAGAUUUGGCUUUUAACAUGACUCAAAAAAAAAAAAAAAUGAAAGGUUCCACUUCCAAGUACUUUGUGCCCACAAUAUACAUAUUGAAGUGUACUGACGGAAGUGUUCGAUUGGAGACACAGCCUUGUCAUGUGUUUAUGUGACUCACCUAUUACUGCUGGAAUGGAACCAACACUCGUCCUGUAAAUACAGUCGUCCCUCGCCCCUUUGCGGUUUCAAUUUCGCGGCUUCACUCUAUCACAGUUUUCAACAUAAAUUAAUGAAUAAAUUACUAUUUUUUUGUUGAUCACGGCCUAUGAUUAGUCAAAACAAAGCAUCUUCAAGCAUAAAAAUGGCUGAACGAAGUCAAAUUCAAAUAUAAGCCAUUCAGAAGAUGCAUUCAAAGAUGCGAUACGUAGUAUUCUACACCGCUCACUAGGUGUCAGGAUUGUUCCAUUGAUGAAAUGAUAGCCACCACAGGAAGUACGUACGCUGUCAAGAAAAAAAGGAACCCUCUCAGUGCUAAUGUGUAAGUCCAUACUAUGUCUUAUUUAUGUGUAAUAUGUCUUAUUUUCUGUUAUUAUAUCUACUAUAUUGGGUAAUAUCAGUGUAAAGGUGACUAUAGGGGUGUUAUUUCAUAUGUAGAGUACUCUAAUAAUGUUAAAAACCAUAUUUAGAAGGUUGUAAACAGGUUUUUCUAUAACUAUGACAAUAUUCAAUUUAUAAAUAUGGAAUCCUACUUCGUGGAUAUUCACUUAUCAAGUCAGGUGUGGAACCCUACUACUACUACUACUACUACUACUACUUUUUCUUGGAGAAAAGAUCAUUUCUUCAAGGAUAUCACACAAUUUAUGUCCAACUGUUUCAACCUGCAGUGAAUGGAAUAAUAUACUUCACCGUAUUUCCACAUAUAUUGUAUCAAUUGGUAGAUUAUAGUAGAUUAGAGACAUCUUGUCACGUUUCUGCAGUGGCCUCCCUAUUUUGUACUUUUGUUCUGGUGCCUGCCUCCUCCUGGCCUGUUUUUCUUUUUUCUUGCAGUUCUUUAAGCGGGCUGGAGGCGGGAAGACUGGGCACACCUGAGGCUGAUUGCUCUUCUCCCCACUUACGCUGACUGCUCGCAGCAGGGCUUUGCUGGCUCUUUGUUCCGACUCCAUCUUGUCGUCCACACAUGGAUUCCUGCUCAGCUACUCGGAUUUUUAAAUUCUAUUUUUUUAUAUCAGGGUAGGUUAGCCCAGCUGCUUCCCAGCCAUCCAGCCAGCUCUACAGCUAGUUUAGACUGCUUCGUGGUGUUGUUCUCUGUUUGUUUUUCUGCCAACACCAUCGCCUUCUUUUUGUGGACUAAUUAUUUUGCACGCAACCUUAUUAAAAGACUUGAACUGCUCCAGGAGCUUUCUGACUCUGCAUCUGGGGUCCAAACCUUAACAAGAUCGUCACACGUCUAUGAUGAAGUAAGAUGCUUUGUUUUAAACCCACAGUAUAUAUGUUUUAUAUUAAUUUGAUCUAUUACACACACACACACACACACACACACAAAUAUAUAUAUAUAUAUAUAUAUAUAUAUAUAUAUAUAUAUAUAUAUAUAUAUAUAUAUAUAUAUACACAGUGUAUAUACUGUAUAUAUAGCUAGCUAGCUAGCUAGUGGUAUAUAGGGAAUGUGAAAUAUAGUAGUAGUAUAUAGGGCUGUCAAAAAUAACUCGUUAAAGGCAGCAACUAAUUUAUUUAAUUAAUUACGUUACAUUUUUUUGUGUAAUUAAGCAUUCGCACCAGAACAAGCGUGCCUGACGACAGAUGGAAUCACGGUGGAGCGUCCCCCCACAAAGUCACACACAGCCUGUCGCUGUUUUAUAACUUGAUUUUGACCUGAACACAUCAACAGCAGUACAAUUCCAACCCCAUAUUCUGUAUGUGUCUCUAACUCACACGCUAAACUUUUUCAUUUGUCAUUGAAAGAACGCGAGAUGCAUUCAGGGACACUCCGAAAAUCACAAAAACGGCUUUAUAAUGCGUGUGUGUGUGUGUGUAAAUAAACAAAGAUAAAGACAAACAUGAAGUGGGUAUUGUUGUGAUUCACUUUUUUAACUCUUAACUCGGAUGUACAAUUUUCAACAUUUAAGUAUGCUGGAAAAUGCACUGAAUGUAAAUUUACAUGAAAUUACGUUAUGUCUUUGAACGCAACCCAUCAUUGCUCAUAACACGGUUUAUGUGUUCAUAACACAAGUGUGAUUCAACUGUUCUCGUGACUCAUGUUAGACAAAUAGAUUUUAGACUUGUGUGGUAUCUUUUAGCUUGAUUCAGUUCAUUUGGAGCUGUUCAUACAAUAUUUAUAAUCCUGUCUUCUCAUUUAUCUUUUUGUUCAUCAAAUAAAGUAAAAAUGGGCAUAUUUCAGACAUAGUUGCUAAUGGUGAUUAAUUAUGAUUAAUCAAUUUUAAAACUGAUUAAUUUAAUUUUUUUAUCUUUUGACAGCCCUUAUGUGUGUGUGUGUGCAUAUAUGUAUAUGUAUGUGUAUAUAUGUGUAUACUGUACUGUACAUAUAUAUAUAUAUAUAUAUAUAUAUAUAUAUAUAUGUAUAUGUAUAUGUAUAUACACACAUACACACACCUGUACGUACAUGUGUGUGUGCCAAUUUUCAAGCAUAAAAAUGAAGUAAAAUAGAAAUAUAGGGCAUCCAGAAGACACAUUCAAAGACUUGAUGUGUAGUAGUAGUAGUAGUAGUAGUAGUAGUAUUCUACACUGGUCAUUAGGUGUCAGUAAUAUUACAUUGAUGAGACAAUUGCGACCGCAUGAACAACUGUACAGAAAUCGGAAGUUUAAAAAAAAAAAAGGAACAAGGAAGUCUCCCAAUUCUAACGUGCGAGUCUAUAUUAUGUCUUAUUUAUGACUUAUAUGUCUUAUUUUCUCUUAUGAGGCUACUAUCCUGGGUAAUACGAGUAUUAAGGGGACUAUAGGGGUGUUAUUUCAUGUCUAGAGGGCUCUAAUAAUGUUAAAAACCAGGUUUCUGUGCUCUAUAUAAAUAUUCCAUUUCUAAAUAAGAAAUUCACUUGUCACAGUUGCAUCUGCAACCAAUUAACCGCAAAAAACGAGGGAUUACUGUAUAUGUGUGUGUGUGUGUGUAUAUGUAUGUCACGUGAAAUUGGAAUGUAAAACAGAAUGUAACACUGUUACAGUCUGUUACAGAGAAAAUAGAUGUUGAACAUGGUCAGCAGCGGCGUAAAGUACAUUUCUGCUUCAUUCCAAGUGGAAAGUACACCAAGAAUUUGUAUUAGUGGUGAGCAUUCACCUGUCUGCAUUCUGUAUGUACAGACCGAGCCAGCUCGGCACCAAAUCAGUGCUUUACAUGGCGUGUUCACAUCGACAGCAUUUCUUUGCCCUUCCGCUGCCAUGGAGACAAACACUAAGCAGCAUCUGGAUGUUUAUUGUUGUGCCUCUUGAGGAUCGCCGCCAUGUUUUGCACAUGUACGUUCCCAACACAAUCAGAGCAGGUCUGAUAUGUCAGACACAAGAAAAGCAUUUUAGUUUCCCGACUGGAGACGCUACUGCCUUGUUUGCUGCUGGCUUACACAUGUACAGAAGAACAUGAUGCCCCCAGAGUUCUUGCUCUUGAGGACGGGAUUCCCCUGCAGGACGAAGAAACAUUCCGGCAAGGGGAAUUUUCCACUGUUUCCCGUUUCUUUACUGUUGCUUGUGAAAAUCUGCAUACACUGACGUUAUUGUGAUUCUGAUAUUCCUGCAUUUACAUGCCACAGCAUUUAGCACUGAUUCCAAACUGUCAGCGCACGAGUGGCUCGGAAUGUCACCACUUGCAUUUACAUGUUUUGCUUCCCGGUUUUUGUCAUCUUUUGACUUUUCUUACUUGACAUGUAAUAGUGUAUGAAAAAUCACUUCACAAGGCGCUUCAAAGAAUAGUUGUGUGCAUGUAAACGUGUGUUGUUGUUGUUGUUUUACCAGCGCUUCUCUGAAAAGAAAUAAAUCACCCUGCACUCACGUCUCAGGGUAACCACGGAGUCCCUAAUUUGAAUUUCAAGGCCUCAUAAAAUCUCAUAAAAUUUCUUAAAUGCGAUUUUGAAAGGUCUUAAACUUCAAUCUUGCUUUUUGUUGAUGCCUGGUUAGAAUUUAUCCAGCACAGUUAGUGUGCUGUGUGCUUUUCUGCACUUGUUUUUUUUUCCCCAGUAAGGAUGUGAAAUCGUUAAAUUGUAUUCAUUAUGGUCUUUUAAAAAAGUCUUUAAAAUUCUUCAGUUUGACUUGUCGUAAACUUCGUAGACCCAAACACUGCAUUUUGUGAUUCCAUACUGUAUAUGUAUUGUUUAUUACCUUGGUAACAAUUCAUUGCUGUAAUUGUGAGCUGAGAUACGCCAUCGUUCAACUGAUAAACACUUUGGAAAACCUAAGGCUGUGUGUCAAUUCGUCCGUGCUUACACGUAGUCUUUUGAGUGCGUUCACUCAAAGUAAUACGGCAAAAUGCAGUAGGAUUUCUGGUAAGUGCACAACAACGGUUGUCAGCUUGGAACAGCACUACACUGUCAAAAUUCACAUCAUUCAAACAGAAUAGAUAUUUAAGUGCACACUGACAGAAGUGUUCCAUCUGUCACACAGCCUAUGUCUCAAUUCACUAAGAACGACACUCAAAGCUUGGUUUUCAACCUCCAGUUUUCAUGAUUUGUUUUUUGAUGAAAAUUUUCCCUGGCACAAUUUUCCCUGGCACCAUAUUGCGAGUAACAAACUAGUCCGUUCGCCCUGUACUGUAUCAUUCCUGGGAAUUGAGUGGUUGCAAUUCACCAUUAAAAAGGAGAGAAGAAACGGAUAAAUAUUGUAGUAAAUGAUACGUGCGCAGGACUGGACACUUAAACACCCCGAUAGUCGCCAUCUUGGCUUCAUGGUGGAAGCGGAGGGACUUAAGCAGCGUUUACACUCGCACGCAUUUUGCCUCCGCAUUGUCGUGCAAUUUGCUACGUGUCAUUCAUUUAUGACACGUCUGAAAAGCGUGAAGACUAGUUUGCGCACUGUUUGCGUUCCGCUUACGCAAAAAUUACGCACUUGACACCGAAUUCUUGACCGAAAAUGAUGCGCAUUUGCACGAAACCACGCUCCCGCACACAUCUUGUCAAGUAGUGUUUACGUCUAGUGCACGGCAAUAGUACACGUGACGUGCAUUGUUCCCGCAUGGCUAUGCAUUGUCAUCACCACUUCCUGCAGCCGUGGCAUUAUUUGGUCCCACUGUGUCUCCCACGUGAUGCCAUGCAACAGCAGGCAUUAGUUCCUCAUUAGUUCUUCAUUAGUUCCUCAGUAACUACUCCACUCAUUAGUUCCUCAUUAGUUCUUCAUUAGUUCCUCAGUAACUACUCCACUCAUUAGUUCCUCAUUAGUUCAUUAGUUCCUCAGUAACUACUCCACUCAUUAGUUCCUCAGUAACUACUCCACUCAUUAGUUCCUAAUUAGUUCAUUAGUUCCUCAGUAACUACUCCACUCAUUAGUUCCUCAGUAACUACUCCACUCAUUAGUUCCUCAUUAGUUCUUCAUUAGUUCCUCAGUAACUACUCCACUCAUUAGUUCCUCAUUAGUUCUUCAUUAGUUCCUCAGUAACUACUCCACUCAUUAGUUCCUCAUU